UUUCUUAAUAUACGGCAUCUUUAAUCGUUCCUGCAGCUAAGAUAUUUCAGUCGAAGAAACUUCUCUCCUGAAACCAUGGGGGAUAGUAAUGCGAAAAAAGGCCCUAUACUCGGUGGUCUUACCUUUUCUUCUUUAAAAAAAAAUUAUCCUCUGAUACCACUAUUCGUUGCCCUCGCAUUAGGUAUGGGAGGUGCUACAUUUUACACAUUACGUUUAGCUUUUCGUAAUCCCGAUGUUACGUGGUCUUUGAAGAACAAUCCCGAACCAUGGGAAGAAUAUCGUGAUAAACAAUAUAAAUUCUACUCUUCAGUGAAUUAUAAGGAUCAUACCAGCAAAGCUCCUGAAUUUUAAGUAAUUUAUUAUGUAGUAUCAUUUUAAAUAUAAUAAUAGAAAGAACUUUCCACAAAUCUUCAUGCUCUGCUGUCACAAUUAUGUAUAAAACUCAAUUGUAAUAUAUAUAUAUAUAUAAAGCUGACAAUGUUAUUAUUAUGAUAUCUAUUCAGAGUAAUGUAUAAAAUUCUUUCAAUAAAUGGUUAGUUUAGCAUGUA